UCGAUCUAAAAAAGGCUAUAAACUACCUACGGAAAAUUUCGAAAUAGAAAAGCUUGAUCGCUAAUGUGCGAGUUGGAGGUGGCACAGCAAGUGAGGAGGAGAGGGAGCGCAUAUACGGGAUUAAUCUCUGAACCAGAUCUGUUCAAUUGAUGCAUUUAAACCCCAGGAGCUGCAGUUUUGUAAACCCUCGGCUGUAACGCCAUCAGGAGCCGACCAGAAAGGCCUGGCUAGUGCGAGCGGUUCGAUUGACGAGACAAGUCCUAUUUCAUUCAGAUCCAGAACGAGAAAUGGCAUUGGAUUUCGCCGCGGGAUGCCUGGGAGGUGUUGCUGGCGUUCUUGUAGGGCAUCCUUUCGACACAGUAAAGGUUCGACUUCAAGUACAGAACCCUGAUCAACCACGUUACCGCGGAACUCUACAUUGCUUCCAGUCCAUUAUUAAACAAGAAUCUGUUUUUGGAUUUUACAAAGGUAUUGGUUCACCAAUGAUGGGUUUGACCUUCAUCAAUGCAAUUGUUUUUGGCGUUCAAGGAAAUGCAAUGCGUCAUUUGGGAAAGGAUACACCACUUAAUCAGUUCCUUGCAGGGGCUGCAGCUGGAGGCAUCCAGUGUGUCAUCUGUUGUCCCAUGGAAUUGGCAAAAACAAGGAUGCAGCUUCAAGGCAUGGGUGAAUAUCAAGUUAAAAGUAAAGUCUAUAAGAAUUCACUGGACUGUUUAGUUAGAAUUUAUAGAAAACAAGGAAUUCGAGGAAUCAACAAAGGCAUGGUGACUACCAUUUUUAGAGAAAUACCUGGCUUUGGCUUCUAUUUUCUUACAUAUGAUUGUCUAACCAGGGCCUUAAACUGUGAACCUGAUGAUAGUUUUGUAAUUCCUAAACUCCUGUUUUCUGGUGGUAUGUCUGGGAUUGUAUCUUGGAUCUCCACCUAUCCCAUUGACGUGAUUAAAUCCCGACUGCAGGCUGAUGGAGUUGGAGGGAUAAACCAGUACAAUGGCAUCAUGGAUUGUGUCCGUCAGAGCUACAAAAAGGAAGGGUGGCAAGUGUUCACCCGAGGGCUCACCUCUACCCUUCUGAGAGCGUUCCCUGUCAAUGCUGCUACUUUUGCCACUGUUACACUCUUCCUCAUGUACUCAAGGGCUGAUGAGAGUUGCAAGGAGCAGGAGGCUGCCCCAGCAAUCCAGCAGCCUUCAAGCCUCUAAAGUCAAUGUCUUCUUCGUGUUACUUUGUGCAGAGUAACUGCUGUGAUGACUGAAUUUUACUUGAUCUAUUUUUAUAAGUCUAGUGAAAUUAUAAAAUAGUAUUGGGUUGUAAAUAUGUAACAAUUCUUUUUGAAAUACAGCCAUCAGUUUUAAACAGAAUUCCAUUAGUUAUAUUGUUUUGAGAAUACAGCUUCAUGCCUUAUAUCAAAUGAAUGUAUAUAUUGUAUUUUAAUUAAUAAAAAAUGUAGGAAAAUGUGAUUUUUAUUUUCCUCCCUUCUGCUCCCACUCUCCCAAUCCCUCCCCAUUUUUGUAGCAGGUACUAUAUAGAAAGCUAACUAACGUGGUUGAUCCAAUGCCCGUCUGUUUCUGUCUGCUAGCAACAGUAGAUAAUACAUGAAAGCAUAUGUCUAAUAUAAUUCAUACUGUCAUCUUUUGACUGUAUUCAGCAUAAUGGGGGAAUUUUAUUAAUGAUAAUUUGGCUUAAUAGCAUUCCUAUUUAUCCUUCAGUUGACAUCACUAAAACUGAAAUCUCAUUGGAUGUUUGUAGGGAAAUUGGCUGCUUCAAAAGCACUUCAUUGGUUGUAAAGCACUUUAGGACAUCCUGAGGUUGUGAAAGGCGCUGUAAAUGCAAGUCUUUUUCUCUUGUAUUGGUUUAUUAUUGUCACAUAUACUGAGAUGCAGUGAAAAGUAUUAUUUAAUAUUUAGUUAUAUCAGAGUAUUUGUAUUUUCUCAACAAUCACCACUUUAAAUUGACAGAGGUUAUGCCAUAAUGCUUUAUCUAAAUGUUACAAUCAAUACCUAACUGGGCAUAGGUCUUCAGUACUUCACUUCUGUUGCAUACUUAUCCAUUUUGUUUUGUUGUAUAAUGUCAUAACCUCGCAGAUGUCUGUUUUUGCAGAGAUCCGAUAUAACCUGAAUCCAGUUUUAUAAUCAAGUCUUUUCCUGCAAAUCUAGCUGUAACAUUUUAUAAUUUUUGUCCUCCAUCCUUCCCCACCUCAUUAGUUUUAUUCCUGUAGUGUUGUUUUAUAGUCCUUGUUCCCUAGUGACACGAGUUAGUAUAUAAAAAUAGAUUUUACUUGGAGCUGGUCAUGUUAUAGCUGGGUUUUCAGGAAUCUUUUCACAGGUCAUUUUAAUACAAUGUGCUACCUUGUUCGUGUUAAGUCUGAUUUAUGCACAGUACAUCAAUUACAUUUUUAGUUUUGGCUUUACUUGAAGUGUUGAAGAGGAAUUGUUACUGUAUAGAAACUGAUCCAGCAAGUCAGUAGUCCUACAGGUGUUACUGCAAGGAUUAGCUAACAGUGUUUAUAUAAUCUGGGUCCAUGUAGAUUAUUUUCCUGAUGGUCAAGGAAGUCUCCAAUUUUACACUAAUAUAAGCAUAGUGGACAAUUUAAUGCUUCAUAAGAUUGCCUUUGUCUCUCCAAUGGUUGGCAUAUUGAGAAGCUCCAUCCUGGUGGAUUGUUAAGAUGCUCAGGCCAUAUUAGUCACAUUGAUCACAUUGAUAGCAGUUUAAAAGAUUUGUGGAGCUAGUAUGGUUAGCAGCCCUGUUACUUGUAGCAAGUUAAAUGUUCAAAUUUGCCUUCCAGUGAAUGGAAACAGAAAUCAUUGUUUUAAUUCUGUGUAGCUGGUGUCAGUAGGAUUCUGGAUCUGAAUUAUUUAAAAAAAAUGUAAACAAGUUAUUUUAAGUAAGUGUAUACUGUACAGCAGUUUUAAGCUUUACUGUUCAAGGUAGAAUUUUAAAGCGCUCCUGGUGUCAUCUACCAAAGCUUUCAAAUUUUGUUUUAAGAAAAAGGUCCGUAACUCUUUUUUUAAUGGGUCAUUUUCAAUGCAUGAAUUCCCACCUGCCCAUUUUUAUGCAUCUUCUGGAAAGCAUGUAGCAACCUGUUUAAAUUCUGGGCAGUUUAAGUAACAUUAAAUGACUGACAAUGGGUAGGAUUACAGGAUUUAACCUACACUGUAAUUUGGGACAAGUGCAAUACAUACUGGUCUGAGAUGCUGAUGGACAGAUUCUCAGCAUUUUGAACCAUCUCUAGGACUCUUUUUCAAUGGGCACAGAACACUUUAUUUCACAAAGUGAGAGAAAAGAAAUUGUUCCUGGCACUAUGAUCAACUUUUUAAUUAUCAAGCAAAUUGCAUUUUGAAGUGUUUGACUCUGGAAACCUUGAUGAAUGUCUGUCUAUUUGAACAAUUUCUAUUUCUGAAUUGAAAAUGCAUGCUUGAUUAACAAUACAGUACAGGUCUGACUUUUGGUCGAUGAAUUUGUGCUGUGUAUUGCUUGUUUCAACCUGACUUUUUCUGUGUGUACCUUACUAUGUAAAGUACCCUAUGAAGACUGGAAGAAGGGAAAAUAAAAUCCAUAUUCAGUUAAAAUUCC